AUGACCUUGGGGAGAAUUCAUUUUUUGAUGCACUCAGUCAAAAACUUAUCCUUGAAAACUUUUAUUUUUCCAUAUCAACGAUCUCUUUGCUCUCAGAACAAUUCAUCAUCAGACAUUAAUGAUUCUGUUGUCAGUGCAGACAAAUUAAUUGAAUUUUUCAAAAAGGCUGAACAUUCUAUCAUUGAAGAUGAAGAUACUAUAAACAAUGAACAAGUUAUUACAUCCAAAGUAACUGAAGAUUCAAAAUCUAGUGUAAUUGACUCAUCAUCUCCAACUACUAGUUUAAGAGUAAAAUCUGAAAAGAAUAAAAAGAAAGGAAGUCGAGUACUCAAUGCAUUUUCAUUUGUUCCAUGGACAAUGAGUACAUUACUGAAAGAAAGAAAUAUAUCAAAUUUACUUUCUAAGCAUUCAGAAGGUUCAAAAGAGUCUUUUGCUACUCUUUUACGUUACAGCCCAUUCAUUCAACUUGGAGAUUUCAAAUCUCGAGAGCUAAUCGGCGUUGUCAUAGAUAAUGUGAAUGAUACAGACCUGUAUAUAGAUUUUGGUGGAAAGUUUCACUGUGUCUGCCCUCAACCGGCGAACCAGUUUUAUCCACGUGGAAGCUUAGUACGUGUACGCUUGAAGGAUCCAGAGAUAACGGAUAAAUUCAUGAUCAAUACAAAAGGAAUUUCAAUUUUUGAGGCUGAUGCUACACUUUUAGGCCCAUACAAAGGUAGACUGGUAAAGACUGCAAGUGAUGAAGACAAAAAGUUAACAGUAACGCAUGCAGAUGGUACAAAAACAAUGCGUCCAGCUACAGAUGAAGACAAUGUAGCAUUAGAAUACUGGCGGUAGCGAUAAUAAUUUGCAUGGUAGUUUCUUUUAGCUUUACAUAUAUAUGUAUAUUGCCAAGACUUAAGUUGAUUACG